GCAUCGCCAAACGGAAGCGCGCCAUUGAAAUGCAGCAAGGCAACCAGUCUACCAACCUUUCUGCUAUCGAAACUCAUAAUCGAGGUGAGGAACUUCUCCACAAUUGGCAAAAGCAAAAACAAAAAAAGAGGUUACACUCAACUUAGAUCUUGCCCACACACACCAGUAUGCUUUAUCCAUAAGAGCCGCUUCAGCCUCAACAAAUCGGUACUCGGCGUCGUUCUUCCACCGAUUCGGACCAAUUAGAAAUUCACCAUCCUGUUUCCAUAGACCAAUAUGUCACACUCUAGAAAUCAUGUCAUUAGCUUAUGCUGGCGUUGCCGAUGCCGAUUGUUGAGCUGAUGGUGCCCCUUGAACCCACCUCUAUUUACCGUGCUGCGGCUGGAUUUAAGCUUCCCGUACGAGGCACCUAUUUCGUCCUAGCGCACGUCGCCGCCAGCCAAUUACCGCCCAGUGCAACCGCCCCAAAACCUAAAAUGGUGCCCUGGACAGCCUGCGAUGCUGGUGCUUGGCGAUCUGCCUUGUCUUAUCUCGUGGAAAUGGGUGGGUGGGUGACUGUAAGCCGGCAACCAGCGCAGAGGAACUCGGCAGGCAGAUUUGGAAAAGCAGCUGUAUUUGGCGGCUGAAUACGACUGCGAGACCCUGAAAAUCACAGGGAGGCCUCGUAGGGCGGGUGUUAUAUGGUGUGUCUAUGUCUAUAUAAAGCUCAAGCCAUACCACCGACUCUGCCGAUCUUGUCUUCCUUAUUCUUUUCCCACAGAUAUUCCAUUAUUACCUUGUAUUUCUAGCCUCAAAUACCCAUAUACUCUACCUACACCACUACCACCAAACAUACCACAUCCACAAUGAAGUACUCUCUUGUUGCACUCUCUCUCGUCGCUGCUGCCACCGCUGCCGACACCAGUUUGUCUCAGAUACUUAGCGGAAUGAAGGUCUGCGGCUGGGCCUGUCUUCCUAGCGCUGCCUCUGAGAACGAAUGUGCCAUUACCAACCUCGACUGCCUAUGCCAGACAGGCGAAGGUGGCAUCUUGGCCGGCACUCGCGUCUCAUCGUUGACCAGCUGCGAAAAGGCCAUCAAAUUUUGCGGAGUUGAAGGCGAUAAGCACUUUGAUCUUGGCGAUGCUCUCGAUUCCGCCUGUGAGCGAUUCCGAUCCGGCAAACCCUCGGCCGAAGAGCUCCAGAGCAUGACAGACUAUAUCAACGCCCACUACGCUUCGGCUACAGCGGUUAUUGGUAGUGCUAGCGCUACUGGCGGCGGUUCGGCGGCUGCUACCACCACAGUCAGCGGAAAGCCAGCUAAGAGCACUGGUGCUGGAUCGGCAGCUGCUACUACCGCGGCUACAGCUGCGCCUUCUGGUAACGCUGGUGCUUCUACAACAGGAGGAGCAUCUGGACAGAGCUCUACACACAAGGCUGCUGCUGGGCCUACAGCUGCACCCAUGAUGGCUCUUGCUGGUGCUGGCGCUGUGCUUGCUGCGAUGCUCUAAGUGACGGGCUGUGUGGGAGGAGAAUUACUGUAUAUUACGAGUUUAUAAAUAAGGGAGUCCGGUUAACGAGUAUUUCGUACAGUUCCUAUACUUGAUUGUGGUUACGUAUUGUCAUGGCUUACACCUUCUGGUUGUCUACACACCGCGGUGUAAGCACCACCAUUGUAAAACAGGAAGCAUAGUAUUUAGAGG